AUGGGCAAGCUGGAGCUUAUCUCAGGGAACAUCUCGUCCCUCAGCCAGACGAUGAUGCAGAACAACGCGGAUGUUGCCGACUUGAAACAAUCAGUGGCUGGCUCGAUUUCUCGAUGCAGUGAACUUUCGGACCAGCAGCUCACCCAGGAUCUCUCGGAGGCUCUCAGGGCCCAGGACGCCAAGAUCGAAGCCAUGAGAUCUGAAUUCAUCGUGAAGGACUGCGAAAACAUGGACACCGCCAUCGAUAUUGCCCUAGCCUCUCGAUGUGACGACAUUUGCCAGCAGCUGAACGAGCUCAAGGAAGCGCAGAAGGUGGCGGAGACCCGCCUUUGUGAGAUUGCGUCUACUCCUACCCCACGCCCGUCCCGCUCGCCCUCGAUGCCGCUGGGCCGCCGCCGUGGUGCAGCACCUGAGGCCAGAUCGUAUGAGGGCAAACAGCACGAUGCUUGUAAGUUGAUAUUGCUAGGCUUCCCUCGCCCUCUGCUCCUCGCCGAUGUCAAAGCCAUUGGAUUUCGGUGCAAGGAGACUUUCGGUCCGUCGCAGGCCCAGGCCACCAUCAUUGUCAGAGCUUUUGAUCUCUCCAAGAAGGUCUCUUUGCUCUUUGAGAAUGCGAGUGCCGCGAGCUCCUUUCUCGACGCUUUUUUCGAAGGUCGGAGGCCGCUCGGUCGGUCUACAUUUUGCGCAGCCCUCGCGGCCCUGCCCCCUGCGGUCACAAUUCGCAUCUCAUCGGACGCCGACAUUUUGUGCGAGGUUGAUCGCGAUGUCGCUGUUGAGUUUGGCAUCGCAGAUCUCAUCGACACAGUGCAGGCGGAGGAUGCGCAGCAAUGCCCGCCGGGCGGCGCGGGCGAGCCUGCGCGCAUUAUCACGAGGGGGGACUGGGACUUCGUGGUGGAAGGCGCUGGUGGCGCGCUUCGUUCUUUCACGCCCAGCGACCGCAUCCCUGUCGAGGUUUUGAUGGGGCGUUACCGUCCUGACUCCAGCCAACCCGCAAUCCCUCCGUGGAUUGCCGGGCUGCCUGAAUUCAGUAAGGCCCUUCAGGAGCUCAUCUCUGGGAUCCCUGGUACUUGGGGCGUCUGGAGAAAGCUGGAGAUCACAAAGGGGCUCCCGCGGAGAAAGAAGACGGUGACGAUGGCUCCGAGGGCGUCCAUCCAGGAGUACGAUCCGGCGUUAGCUGUUUACACACCCUCGCGAAGGUCUGAGGUGUGGGACAACCGCAGCGGCAUAUACGACGACCCCGACGAGACUGGCCGGGGGCGCAGGCGGAAGCCGGGUUACGCGGCGGCAGGACGUGGGCACGUGCGUCGACAGGUGCACCAACAGUUGCGCGUUGAUGUGAGCCUGCGCCGUUUUUUUGUUUUGUUUUGUUGUUUCCCCUCCGAGCUUGCCACGGGUUCGUGA